CAAAAAGCACUCAAGUUGUGAAAGCUGAAAAUGGUUCACUAUUUGCCAAAGAAUGAGAACGUCCCUUUAGCUUUCGAUGGAUCGAUCCUGGGAUCCGAAUACAAUAUACCCUGUCAGUUCAUAUGGCCUGACGACGAGAAACCAUGCCUCGAGGCACCGGAGCUUGUGAUUCCCACGAUCGACGUGGGAGCUCUCUUGUGCGGGUGUGAACCUCUUGCCGCAUCGAAAGCGGCGAAGGCAGUGAAUGAGGCAUGCAAGAAGCAUGGGUUUUUCAUGGUCGUAAACCAUGGGGUGGAUUCUGGGCUUAUAGUCAGAGCUCACCGGCAUAUGGACGUGUUCUUUGGCAUGCAACUCUCCAAGAAGCAAAAGGCGGUGAGAAAAGUAGGAGAAAGCUAUGGGUAUGCUGGUAGUUUCGUUGGUAGGUUCUCCUCCAAGUUGCCAUGGAAAGAAACACUGUCUUUUCGAUUUCGCCCCGACAUUCCAAACAUCGUCCAACAAUAUAUGGUGAAUCGGAUGGGCAAAGAUUUUCAAGAUUUCGGGAGGAUUUAUCAGGAAUAUUGUGAAGCCAUGAACAAAUUAUCUCUACAGUUAAUGGAGCUGCUAGGGAUAAGUCUAGGACUCGACCAAGCCUACUUCAAAGACUUCUUCCAAGAAAACGAUUCAAUCUUGAGACUGAACCACUAUCCGCCAUGCCAAAAGCCGAAUUCGACGCUCGGAACCGGUCCUCACUCCGAUCCCACUUCCUUGACAAUCCUUCAUCAGGAUCAAGUUGGUGGCCUUCAAGUGUUUUCAGACGAAAAGUGGCACUACAUUGCUCCCAUCCCAGGAGCUUUCGUUGUCAACAUUGGCGACACUUUCAUGGCUCUAUAGAACGGCAUUUACAAGAGCUGCUUACACAGAGCAGUAGUGAAUGAUCGAAGUGUUAGAAGAUCCCUUGCAUUCUUUGUCAGUCCCAAGAUGGAUAAAGCGGUAACACCAGCGGCCUGCUUAGUGAAUGCAGCAAAUCCAAGGAGAUAC